AAAGAUGCUUUCAUAUGCUUUUCAAAAACUUGAUGAUAAUUAAAUUUCUAUUUCUUUGUUAAUCAUAUGUUAGAAUUAAACACCUUGUACAAAUUUAUUUUUUCCAAAAAAUCCUGUGCCAAAUAUAUAGUUUUUGCUCAUAUUCAAACUUGAUAUCAGACCAGAAACUUAUCCUGAUGGAUGUGUUUGAAUUUUUACGCUACGGUGCGCAAGAGUCGAGCUUCAAAUUGCAACAACAGAUGGAGCGUUCAGCCGGAGAUGGAGAAGAUGCAGCUGAGCCCAGCCUGCCUGAAAUUUCUACUCCUGUUCUUCUCAAGACUCCACUCAGUGAAGCUGGUGGAGAUGCUAGCUCCUCCAACAGUGUUUCUGUUGCUAAUUUUUUCACCAAUGCUCCUCCAAAUACUGGUAUUCCUGCGGUCAAGAGUCUCACUCCCUAUAGGAUAGAAGGAAUACACAAGCAUAAUCAAGAAAAUAAAAAUGCCCAUUUUAAUGCACCAAACAUGAUUAAAAGAGACAUCAAAGAAACUACCGUCAAAAAUGAAUGUAUGAGAAAGUUAGUAAAUAAUGGUGAGGGUACAUUGAAGCUCAAGAAAGAUGACCAGCCAGCGCUUGAUUCAUCUUUUGUCACAAACAAGGUGUAUAGCCUAGUUAAAAGUCUUCCAACAGAUGCCAUCUUUUCACCUGUAGAUGCAGAAUUGUUGAACACUCCUCCAGUAGACUUGGCAAAUAAAAUCAAAGUGGCAAUGAGUCCCAAGCCGCCUGGUGCACCCACUUCCAAACAUUCCACCAUUAAAUACAUUAAAGUUUGUCGCAAGAUGCACAAUGAACCAAAGUUUGUUCCUUAUGAGCCUUAUAAAUGUUGCUCAAGUCCUAUGAAGGGUAAACCCACUCACACAAAAUUUGUGAAGGGAGAUUUAGCAAAGACAUCUGAACCGGUAUUGCCUGCAGUCUUACCUGGAGUUGCGGUUCAAAAGACCGGCCUGGCCAAGUCCAGAGCAACUCUUGAUAUUGCUGUUGUAGACUUUGAGGCUGAGAGAGAGCAGUGGCAAGACGAAGUUAAGAUUUGGAAGGGGAAAUAUGAAGCCUUAGAGCAGCAGUUGCAACGCUGCCAGAGAGAGAAGACUACACUUGAGGACCAACUAAAUGUUCAAGCUCAGGUGAACAGUGAGCUGAAGAAGCUGCUGGUGGCAUCCGUGGGAGAAGACGUGCAGGGACGCAUGCACUGCCUCACGGAGGACAAGGCACGCAUGGCUACCAUGAUCCGGCGGUACUCUGAGAAACUUGACAGGGACUAUGAGGAGCGAGAGCGCAUGACUAUCCUUUGUGAUGUCUGGAAGAGCAAGUUCCUGGCAAGCAGUGUGCUGGUAGAGGAGCUGGGCAGCUGGAAGGCGGCGCUGCUGCGCUGGACAGCUGAGGCGGCCGAGGCGCUACAGGCGCUGCUGGACGAGCAGGCGCUGCUUCGCUGCCACGCCAGGCGUGGUUACAGGCUGCUGGGGGAGCUGGUGGGGGCGUUCGACCCCCUACAAGCGGGGCCUGACAGCCACGUGGCGGGGCUGGGGGGCGACGCCGUGUCCGCGAGCAUCGCCGUGGCAGCGCAGGCACAGACGCUCCACCAGCGCCUGCUCGCCCCCCUCGCUGCCCCCCCGCCCCCCGUCGUCCUCCCCGAUGAAGAGAGGACUCCUGGCGAGAAGAUGGCGGCUCAGGUGCUUGAGAGGCGCACCAGCUGCGUGGUGUACCCGGGGUACGUGGGCUCAGGAGGCAGCUUCCCUCUCUCCCCCACCAGCUGCGUGCUGCCCUCGCACACCACCCUCAACUGCUGCGCCAGCUGCAACGGCGAGAUACAGCUGGUGUAGUGCCGCCAGCUGCCCUCAACUGCUGCGCCAGCUGCAACGGCGAGAUACAGCUGGUGUAGUGCCUCCAGCUGCCCUCAACUGCUGCGCCAGCUG